GAGUGAUUGAGAAUGAGCACGUCGCACGUGACGCGUUUUUGACAUUUUUAUCUGCAGGCAUAGCGUAAGUUGGGAAGAAUUGCUUGGAUAUGCUCUUCCACAAAUAUAACCAUCAUCAUCAUCAGUCUAACCAGUACACAACAUACAAUGAUUGCCAGAAUAUCCACACAUGCAGCACGGACUGCAAGCAGGUCAGCAAGAUCGACAUGUCAACCACCUGCGGUCACCGUAUUGCAAAGUAGAACAUUCGCAUCAUCAUCUUCGAUUAGCAACAAGCCUUCUUCACCUCAACAACAGCAACAAGCGAGCACAUCAAAAGGAAAGUCAGCAGGCGCAUCAGAAACAUCUGUAUCACUCUCAUCAUGUCCAGAAGGAACAACAUUGAGCGGCUUAAACAUCUUUAAAGAUCGAGCAGAUCCAGUCGCACUUCCUGAUGAUCAAUACCCGAAUUGGUUAUGGACAAUACUAGAAGAAGGUAAAAAGAGUGCAACAGGAGCAAUUUUAGAAUCAACAGAAGGAAUGACGAAAGGUGAAGCAAGAGCGGCAGAAAAACGUAAUUUACGUGCUAUUCGAGCUGCACAUCGUGCAAAAGAAAGAAUUUCUUCGCAAAAAGCCAACGUUGCUACGGAAAAAGGUUCACCUGCUGGAGGUGGUUUGAACGCAACAGGACAACAAGCUCAAGGUAUUACUACUGAAGCAAAAGGAAGUGCAGAAGCUUUGGCCGCAAAUGCAGCUGCUAUCGUUCAAGAUCCAGAAGUUUCGGAAAUGGAGGCAAAGAGAAAUUUGCGUAAAGCCAAUCGUGCCAAUAUCAAAGCAAGCAACUUUGUCAAAUCACAAUGAGUAACAUUCUAGAUAAUCACACUGUAACAAUAGAUCUUAACCUGAUUAAAAGUAUCUGCUAGAGAUUGUGAACCGGAAAAGCA